AUGUCACCGCCCCCUUCCUGUGACCCAAUGAUGAUGUCAUCACAUGUGUGUGUCUGUGGAGAAAUAAAUAGAGGAAGCCACCAUCAGCUGAGACACCAACUCACAGAAUUCAUCCCAAGAGACAAACCUGAGACAACUCUCAACAUGUUCUCCGGAGCCCUCCAGAAAACGAAGAAUCUUCAGCGCCUCUCCAGACACAUCCACAAGUCGGCCGCCAAAGUGGUCGAUGGGAACCAGCUGGAAGAGACGGUCACCAACAGCUUUGCGUCUUUUAUCCACGGCAUCCGCCCCGUGCACCUCUCUGACAUCGUGCGCUACAGAAGUAAGCGGAUGAUCCUGGACAGCAUCGGCGUGGGGGUGAUGGGAAGCACAACGCACGUCUUCAACAUCGUCUUGAAGUAUUGUCAGGAUCUGCAUUUCGCAAGUUACGGAAGCUCCUCCCAUUGCUCGGUGUAUGGACAGAAAGGGUUAAAGCUCUCCCCCACCCUGGCCGCGUACGCCAACGGAGUAGCCGUUCACUCCAUGGACUUUGAUGACACGUGGCACCCGGCCACCCACCCGUCCGGCGCCGUCCUCCCGGCACUGCUGGCUCUGACGCAAAUGCUUUGCCGGGAGAGACGGGUCACCGGGGAGGAACUUCUCACCGCUUUCAAUGUCGGAAUCGAGGUUCAAGGAAGGCUGAUGUGCUUCUCCAAGGAGGCCAAGAACAUCCCAAAGAAAUUCCAUCCUCCUUCUGUUGUGGGCACCAUGGGAAGUGCCGCCGCCUCUGCCAAGCUCCUCGCCUUAGAUAAGGAACAAUGCAUGCACGCCCUGGCCAUCGCCGCCUCUCUUGCUGGUGCCCCAAUGGCCAACGCCGCCACGCUGGCCAAGCCCUUGCACAUUGGCAAUGCCACCAGGCUGGGCAUGGAAGCCGCCAUUCUGGCCGCUAAAGGGAUGGAGGCCAAUGCCCUCAUACUGGACGAUGUCCCCGGCUGCGCCGGCUUCAGUGCGUUUUAUGGUGACUACCAACCCAAGCCCCUGGCAUUGCCCGGUAAGCACUACGAGUUCCUUCUAGCCCAGCAAGACGUCGCGUUCAAGUCCUUCCCGGCCCACCUGGGGAUGCAUUGGGUGGCCGACGCCGCCAUUUCCGUCAGAAAUCGAUUUAUGGAGCAAUACGGCUCUUUGGACCCGUCAGCCAUCCAGUCCGUGGUCCUCAGAGUCCCCAUUUCCAAAUACAUAAACAGGCCUUCCCCCGACUCCGAGCACCAGGCCCGGCACUCCUUCCAGUUCAGCGCCUGCACGGCCCUCCUGGACGGCCAAGUCAACGUCGCCUCCUUCCACCAUGACAACAUGUUCCGCAAAGACCUCCGGCAUCUCCUGAGCAAGGUGGUGGUGGAGCAUCCCGGGGACAACGAGGCCAACUUUGACAAGAUGUACGCUGAGGUGGCCCUGCUGCUGAGGAACGGGGGAGCCAUGGGGGGCAAAUGUGACACUUUCUACGGCCACUGGAGGAAGCCGCUGACCAGAGAGUCCCUACUGAAGAAAUUUAUCAGCAACACCAGCAACGUCCUUCAGGAUGACCAGAUCCGAGGCGUCAUACAGAUGGUGGAGGACCUAGAGAGCGUCACGGACACUUCCCAGCUGCCUCUGCUCCUCCAGUAA